UUUUUUGAUCGACAAUCUAAAUGGCAAUUUGCAACUAUCAGCGGACAAAUAUGUUCUGCUAAUUGCAAAUUAUGAACGGAUCGUAAGCGAUUAGGCACAUGUUUAUCAGAGAAAAAUCGUUCGCAAACAUUGCUAAGAAUCCGUAUAGCGGCUCUUUCCACCCCCCAUUCCAAGAAUACUAUGAAAUCCAGUCCGGGUUUAUCUGCAUGCCCACAACGCUAUUUAAAAAGGACACGGCGACUGGUUCACUGGAGAGUAGGUUAGAAAAGUCGGAGUUUUGACAAUGGCAUACCGGGUUCACGGAAAUCAGCGGUUCAAGCACCAGAAAAGUUUUGCUGCGAGAAAAGAAGAAUCGGCACUUAUGCGCUCCAAAUACCCUCAGAGGAUUCCGGUUAUUGUAGAGCGCUAUCCCGGCGAGAAGUACUUGAGUAAUUUGGAUAGGAAUAAAUAUUUGGUUCCCCACGAUGAACUAAUGGGCUAUUUCGUUUCUGUCAUCAGGAACCGGUUAGCUCUGAAACCCAGUCAAACUUUCUACCUCGUGGUGAAGAAGAGAACCCUCACCAAUAUGUCUGCCACCAUUGGAGAACUGGACCAGGAAUUCAGGGAUUCUGAUGGCUUCCUCUACUUUUACUAUGCGUCUCAGGAGAUGUUUGGUACAAGCUAGUGAGGAUUGGAUAUUAUUUGGUGUAACAUCUGGAACAAAAAACUUCUAAUUUGCUACUGUAUUGCCUCAACACUGUAGAAUUAAGAUUAGCAGGUGAAAGUUUAACUAGUGGGAAUGGUUAUGGUGGACACUGGUUUUUAUUAAGCUAAUUUUGUUUUAAUGAAUCACUAAAAUUGCCCUGUAAAAGUGGUGUACUGAUCCAGGGAAAAGGAGAUUUUGGCAUAAGUAAAUAAAACAUGGCGCAGUUUGGCAUCACUGCAAACCUAAUGUCCCCAUUUACUAACUUGAAUGUUCUACCCACGUGACUUGAGUUCCAGAGAAACAGCAAGUGAACUGGUGCACUGCAGGACCUGAAUUGUCCUUGUUGGUAAUAACUAAUUCUAAUUUAAAGUUGUUUGCACAUGAGUACAUUCAUUGCUUUUGCCUGAUUGUAUAAACUGUUCUUGAUCCUGCCACCAAUAUUUUGGUAUUUAUUGGCGUUCCUUCUGAUGUUGUUUGUAAGAACAAUCAAAUGUGAAUUCCAAUUUUUAACAAUUGACAAAUUUCAUUAAAGCUCUUGUUUAUGGAUA